GCAAGUACAAAGUGGGCAAGCACAAAGUGGGCAAGCACAAGAUUGGCAAGCACAAGGUGGUCAAGCAUAUGAUAGGCAAGCACAAAGCAGGCAAGCACAAGGUGGGCAAGCACAAGGUGGGCAAGUGCAUGAUGGGCAAGCACAAAAUGGGCAAGCACAAGGUGGGCAAGCAAGUACAAGGUAG